AUGGCUAAUCGUUUCGCACUCAAAUGCGCGAAAGAGUCUGCUGGCACCAUCCCUGUUCCUAAUCUGUGCAUCGGCACCUGGUCAUGGGGAGACUCUUGGACAUGGAAAAACGCUUCGAAGGAUGCAGUGGCGGAUCUCGAGGGGGCAUGGACUUGCAUGAGCAACACAAACCUGUUCUUCCUCGACACGGCUGAGGUCUACGGCCAAGGCGAGUCGGAACGGAUCAUCUCCAAGCUGCGCCAAGACUCAAAGCUCACCACCGACGAGUUCAGGUCUAGGCUCGUGAUCGCCAGCAAGUUCCUCCCAAUUCCGUGGCCACCGACUCGUUUGUUCCUGCCAGGUGGGAUGGUGAAAUACUGCAAGGCGAGCUUGGAGAGGCUGGGCUUGGAAAAGAUGGAACUCUACCAGGUCCACGGACCAACGCACUUCGUCAACUCAAUCGACAGCAUGGCUGGCGGUCUGGCAAAGUGCGUGGAGUUGGGCCUCACCCGGUCUGUGGGCGUGAGCAACUAUAGCAAAGACGAGAUGAUCACCAUCGACGAGGCGCUGAAAAAGAGGGGCCUGAGGCUGGCCAGCAACCAAGUCGAGUUCUCACUGCUGCGCACGCUGCCCGAGAAGAGCGGCCUGUUGGAAGAGUGCAAGAAGCGCGGUAUCGUGCUAAUGGCGUACAGUCCACUUGGGAUGGGCCGCCUGACUGGGAAGUACUCCAAGGAGAAUCCUCCACCGUCUGGGAGGAAGUUCGGCAACUUCCCCAUGGAGCAGCUCGCGCCGCUCCUGGACACCCUGCGCAAGACUGCUGAGGCUCACAAUGUCAAGUCCAGUGCAGUGGCGUUGAAGUGGGUGAUUCAGAAGGGGGCAAUCCCUCUCGGCGGGGUUAAGAAUGCGAAGCAAGCUGAAGAGAAUGCAAGGGCUUCCAGUGAUGAGUGGGUACUGAGUGAGGCGGAGAUGGCGGAGCUCGAUAAACACGCCCAACUUGGUACAACGAACAUGAUGUGGCAGCAUGGUUGA